UUGAUGGCAGCGCUACGGCAAAAGUCGGAAUUAGUUUAUCGCCAUAUUUUGUGAUGGCCACUGAUAUUUAUAGAUCGUAAGGGUGUUGUUUUUUAUCAAUAUUAAAUGCUCUAAAAUGGAGGAAACUAAAGUUAUUUACUACAUAGACGACGAGGAGACGCCGUAUUUAGUAAAAAUUCCCAUAUCCCCGGAGAAAGUGACGUUAGUAGACUUUAAGAACCAGUUGAAUAGGCCGAACUACAAAUUUUUCUUCAAAUCUAUGGACGAUGAUUUCGGUGUUGUUAAAGAAGAAAUUGUUGAUGACAACGCUCAUCUGCCGUGUUUUAACGGUCGUGUUGUGUCGUGGCUGGUGUCUGCAGAGGGCUCCAACCCGUCCGACGGCGCGUCUCAGUGCACCGACAGUAAUGCAGGGAAAGCGAAGACGGCCGCCCACGGGGCUCCGUCGGCGCCUCUCACCCGGGACACCUGCACGGAUACGGACAGUACGAUAAGCUCCCGCCCCGGCCACAGAGCGUCCUGCGACAAAUACAAAUAUAGAGGCUUGAGAAUAAACGGUCAUUCCAAGUAUGGCAACCAUGGUUUGGAAUACGAGACUGCUUCUGUCCUUAGCUCGGACUUGGACUCUACGAGUCUCUUCGACAGCCAGUCAGAGAUCACCACAACGACAGGGAGACACACAAACGCCUCAGUAGACAGAGCACUAACUGAAUGCAGUAGUGUAUCUCAUUUACAAGUCAGUAACAGAAAAAGACCUCAGCGGAGACGGAAGAGACCACAAGUGAUGUCUAGAACAUCUUCCUACUCCUCUAUUACGGACUCUACUAUGUCCAUGCACAUUAUAACAGUAACAUUAAAUAUGGACACAGUGAAUUUUCUUGGCAUCUCAAUAGUGGGACAGUCAAAUAAGGGGGGAGACGGGGGGAUCUAUGUUGGGAGUAUUAUGAAAGGAGGUGCGGUGGCCCUGGAUGGAAGAAUAGAGCCUGGAGACAUGAUACUGCAGGUGAACGAUGUGAACUUUGAAGACAUGACGAACGACGAGGCGGUGCGUGUGCUGAGGGAGGUGGUCCAGAAGCCGGGGCCCAUCAAGCUGGUGGUGGCCAAGUGCUGGGACCCCAACCCCAAGGGGUACUUCACCAUACCGAGGACGGAGCCCGUCAGGCCUAUUGACCCUGGCGCAUGGGUCGCGCACACGCAAGCGCUCCGCGAGGCGUACCCGCCGCCGCCGCCGUCGCUGUCGGCCCUCCCCGUGUCGUCGGUGUCGGAGCGCGGCGCGUCGGACGCCAGCACGCUGCCGGCGGGCGGCCUGGAGCCCCAACUGUCAGUCAGCUGCGACAUGGCGUUGGUGGUGCGCGCCAUGCUGCGGCCGGAUUCCGGUCAGUUAAUAUGUGCUUUACGUAUUCCAGGACUGGAAAUCCGCGACCGGAUGUGGCUCAAGAUCACAAUUCCUAAUGCGUUCAUCGGAGCGGAUGUGGUCGACUGGAUCCUACAGCACGUGGCCGGGAUAGCAGACCGGCGUGACGCAAGGAAAUAUGCCUCGCAUAUGCUCAAGGCGGGGUUCAUUCGGCACACAGUGAACAAGAUAACAUUCUCCGAGCAGUGCUACUACGUCGGAGGAGAGCUGUGUUGUGACAUGGCGGCUUUGAGACUGCGUGCCCCCGACGCUGACAGCUUAGCCAGCGACACUCUAGCCCCUCUACCCAACCCGCAUAUGAUGGGGCCCGGCUACAUGCCGUACGCCGGUUCGUACGGGUACCAGCCGAUACCUUUCAAAUACACGUCCUGUGUGACCAGCGAACACACCAUAUACGGGUACAACCGCGAGGAGAGCGUGCUGUCCGGCAGCGGGGGCUCCAGCGCCGGCUCCGACCACCUCACCGCCAAGGAACACACCGGCACACGGGAAAACGAGGCCAAGUCGGCCUCCUCUGGGUCCGGCGCUUCGGUGGCGGCCGACGGCGGGGGAGCGGGACAGGGGGGUCGCCGCUCCCACUCGCACUCCAGCGGCUCCGAGAGGGCGCAGGACCGACCCGUGCUCUUCCUAUAACGGACCGAGCUCUGAAAGCUGCCAAAUAUAGUUAGGACUUUGCGCCCGCGCAGCGCAAUACGUAAGUGUCACUAUCACGGCAAUAAUAUUUAACUGUUGUAAUAGUAAAACCCGUAGGCCGGUGUCAUAGAGAAAUACGCAUAGAGUGCUAACUCCGUACAUCAGUUUAGUUACCAAAACGCUUAUUUUCGUAGUUGACAUAGAUGUUACGUGUGUCGCGUCUGACGAAAAGUGGAACAAUAGGGAAUAUUACGUAGAGGGCGUCACUAGGCCAAUCACAUGGCCUACCGUGAAACACGACAGUCGAAAGUUCGGUUUCUGCCUCUCUAUCACUCUUGCCUAUUCGAUCGAUAAAGAGGCAGAUGGGUCCGUAUUGGGUCGCAUAAUAAUUGAUUGUCCUAAUGUAAUGUUACGCAUAAAACUCAUUUCGCAUAAUUGCUGGAAAUAUUAACAUUUCUGAAAAAUUAUAACAAACCUAACCUAAACUAGUAACCUACCCUAUUCUACACAACCUAUGCAAAAUAUUUUCGAAAAUACUUUCUGUUUCAGCUGGAGAAAAAAUAUGCGAAAAUCAUCAAUGCCAUAGUGAAAACUUGUCAAAAAACUGUUUAAGGCCUAGUACGUAUAAGCUUCUCUAUGGUUUACUAAACAAAUUAGUGCUGCACUCUGGCGGCAGAACAUUGCAGUAAUACUCCCUAUUUAUAACUAAUAUUAUAAGCAGAAAUUAGAGUUCCAGUUAAUCCGGCUAUAAUACUAGCUGAACAUUGUUGAGCAUUACACUUUCCGUUCGUCGCGACAUCUAUUGUCGAGUAGCAGUACUUAUAAUUCCGCUACUUGACGCUAGAUGUCGACUACGAAAAUAAUAAGCGUUUUGUUGACAAAAUUGAUGUAUGGAGUGAGCACCAUAUGCAUAGUUAUAUCGCUAUGGUGAAACCAUUAGGCCGAAGUCGACAUUUCAAAUGGGAUUUUUAGUUUUGAGUUUAAAAUGGAACUUUUUAUAGAAGAAGUUAAGUAGAGUCCCUCUUGCUGCCCUUAUUCAUAUU